AUGUCGUUGAACACUGUGCUGCAAUUAGCUGUUCCCUUGAUUUACAAGGCCACUUUUUGCUGGGCAAAAGCGGGCUACACGGAUGCAGACGGUGAUUUGGACGAUUACGUUCCAGGUCCCGGCUCCCCAGGUGACGAUGGGUCUCCCAUCGGCUCAGGACCCGGAGAUGAUGUCAAUCCCGUCACUGAAGAGAUCUUUUCGUCCUGGGCACUCUUUAUAAUGCUGUUUCUGCUCAUUUCCGCACUGUGGUCGUGCUAUUUUCUGGCACAGCGGCGUAUCAAAGCCGUGCACGAAACAGUGCUAUCGAUUUUUUACGGAAUGGUCGUGGGACUCAUCAUACGACUCUCACCAGGCCAUUACAUCCAGGAUGCUGUGACUUUCAAUUCCUCAUACUUUUUCAAUAUUCUACUGCCUCCGAUCAUCUUGAACUCUGGUUACGAGCUUAACCAGGUCAAUUUCUUCAGCAACAUAGUUUCAAUCCUCACGUUUGCAAUCCCUGGAACUUUCAUCUCAGCCGUUGUUUUGGGCGCAAUUCUUUAUAUCUGGACAGCGCUGGGACUCGAAAAAGUCGACAUUUCGUUUGUCGAUGCCCUUUCGGUUGGGGCCACGCUUUCGGCAACGGAUCCCGUAACAAUUUUGUCUAUCUUCAACGCCUACAAAGUCGACCCCAAACUAUACACCAUUAUUUUUGGGGAGUCUCUUCUCAAUGACGCCAUUUCCAUUGUUAUGUUUGAAACGUGCCAGAAAUUUCACGGUAAGCCUGCUAAACUAUCGUCUCUGUUCGAAGGUAUAGGUCUCUUUCUCAUGAAUUUUACCGUCUCCUUGCUUAUUGGUGUUAUGGUCGGAGUCUUGGUGGCGCUAAUACUGAAACACACUUUGAUUCGUCGCUACCCUCGAAUUGAGAGCUGUCUAGUGUUGUUGAUCGCUUACGAGUCGUAUUUCUUUUCCAACGGCAGCCACAUGUCAGGUAUAGUAUCAUUACUGUUCUGUGGCAUUACACUCAAACACUACGCAUAUUAUAAUAUGUCCAGAAGAACACAGGUUACCAUAAAGUAUAUUUUCCAGCUGCUAGCCCAGCUUUCCGAAAAUUUCAUCUUCAUCUACCUUGGGCUGUCUCUGUUCACGGAAGUCGAGUUGGUUUAUAAACCCAUGUUGAUUAUAAUCACCGCCAUCUCGAUUUGUGUAGCACGCUGGUGUGCUGUUUUUCCCCUGUCUAACUUUGUGAACUGGCUGUAUAGAGUCAAGGCCAAACGAUCAAUGGGUGUUUACGGUAAUGAUGCAGCCAUCCCAGACGAAAUCCCUUACCAAUACCAAAUGAUGACUUUCUGGGCUGGUCUUAGAGGAGCAGUGGGCGUUGCUUUGGCGAUGGGUUUGCAAGGAGAUUUCAAGUUCACGCUCUUAGCCACGGUAUUGGUCGUCGUGGUUUUAACUGUGAUUAUUUUUGGAGGGACAACCGCAGGCAUGCUAGAGGUAUUAGGAAUCAAAAUGGGAUGCAUAGAUGAAAACGACGAUUCUGAUGAUGAGUUUGACAUAGAAAUGCCAAAGCCUAUCAACAUCGUUGCUAGCCCCAUACCGACUUACUCAGAUGAUCCACGAGACCAAGCCGUCAUAACUUCCCUACCGACAAGUAGGGGAGAACAACUACAAUCAGCUGAAUCCGUUCAACCGUCUUCCAGAGUUUCUUUGGAGAGGCAUCACCUAAGAGAAACUUUGAGCAAUAUAUUCUCGGCAGAUUCUCAAUGGUUCACAAAUUUCGAUGAACAGGUUCUAAAGCCUGUUUUCCUCGACAAUGGUGCUGAGGGGUCGCAGCCAAGAAACAGCGAUUCAAGUACGCCGAACUUUUUGGGUAGCAGAAGAUAA